AUGAAAGAGAAGUUGUAUGAAACCACUCACACUUGUACGUAUUCUGUACCACAAUUAUUGUGUAUCUCCUCUGUUUCAGAUUCAGAUUUGUGUAAGUUUUGGGAUCUGGAAACUGUAGGGGGGUUAAGCCUAGGGAACUUGUUGAAAGUUAUAGUGAGGACUAAAAGUUUCAAAGAAUUUGAGAGUACUGUGAAGUUUGUGAAUGGUCGCUAUGAGGUUGCACUGCCAUGGAAGGAUGAUUCUGCUAAAGAAAAACUUUUGAAUAAUGAAGUCAUAGCCCAUAAAAGGUUAAGUAAGCUAUUGGUUAAGUUAGAACAAAAUAAGGAGCUUAAGAAAGAGUAUCAAAAAGUGUUUGAUAGUUAUGAGUCUGAUCACAUGAUAGAAGAGGUACCAAGGCAGGAAAUUUCAGGUGUGAAUCCUGUGUACUAUAGCCCACAUCGUGCAGGAAGGUAA